AUGUCCCAAGCCGUAAGAGCCGGAUCUCGACUUAAACCUCUAUACCCUAUGGUGACUGAAUUAUCCUACAAAGAGUCCUUCAAGCAGUGGUUCGAAAGGAAAAGCCUCGCUGAUUAUGAAGCAAGAGUUCUGUCCUAUUUGCCAUUCUUCCCAGACUCAGAUGGUGUAAGAGAAGCAAAAACACUGGAUGUUCCCGUGGAUGCAAAAGGCAACAAGAUACACGAGUUGUACAUUGAAAACAAGCAGAAAGCUCCAGAAGAAAGGCAUCUGGUCAUUGUACAUGGUUUUGGAGCAGCGUUAGGUUUUUUCUAUCGAAACUUCAAUGGCUUAUCCUUGAUACCUGGGGUCAAGAUCCAUGCCCUGGAUCUGUUAGGCUACGGCUUAUCUUCAAGACCAAAAUUUCCCAGUUUGGACGUUACAAAGGAGGAGGAUAUCCAUAAAGCAGAGGACUUUUUCGUUGAUUCGAUGGAAGCUUGGAGGAAAGAACGAAACAUCGACCGAUUUGUUUUGGUAGGACAUUCUUUGGGUGGAUAUCUAUCCAGUUGUUAUUCGUUGAAAUAUAAAGAUGCUGUGGAAAAGUUAAUACUUGUUUCCCCAGUUGGUAUUGAACGCAGUGAAAUGAGUCUGACUGAAAUUAACAGGCCUCCAGCAGUCCAAGCUCAAGACAUUGCCAGAAAAUCAAGUCCCAAUAUAGAAGAAGAAUUGUUGCAAUCUCAAGAGCAGUCGCAACAACACCAUCAAAAUGUAUCGGAUAGCGCCUCUAUUGCAUCAACGGAGUCCCGUAACAACGAUGAGAGAAUGCAACAGGCAAGAACGAGGCCUCAAUUACGCAAAUUUCUCGUCAAAAUGUGGGAAAACCAUUGUUCAGUGUUCUCCAUAGUGAGAGCGGCGGCACCAUUUGGGCCUAAACUUGUUUCUCUGUGGACAUUUUCCAGAUUCGGAGCCAUUGAGGACCCUCAGGAGUUGAUGGACAUUCACCGUUACUCCUACAACACGUUUGUGGCAAAGGGAUCAGGUGAAUAUUCUUUGACAGUUUUGCUAGCUCCGGGAGCCUGGGCGAGGUUGCCAUUAUUGGACAGACUUCCAGGAAACAUUACCAUCCCAACUCUAUGGUUAUAUGGGGAAAAUGACUGGAUGUCCAAGAAGGCAGGCCGACAAUGUGUUAGUGAGAUCAACAGUCAAGGAGAGAAGUCAGCCAAGUUCCGUAUAAUCGAUGGAGCCGGUCAUCAUGUUUAUUUAGACAAUCCUACCGACUUUAACCAAAGUGUCAGAAAAUUUGUAGGUUGGUGA